AUGGAGGCCACCCCUCCAGUCAGAUCCAGCCUCUGGGGGAUUCUGCUACAGGUCAUGAGGCUGUCAGUGCUGUUGGUCCAGAAUCGGGUUCACCUCUACAAUUUCCUGCUCCUCAAGAUCGUCCUCUUCAACCACUGGGUAUUGGGGUUGGCGCAGGAGGCCCAGGGGUCGAUCAGCAGGCAGGCCCACCUAGCCCCAGGAAACACAGCCUGCCCCCUGGGCCGGGCUAUCCGAGCUGGGCUGGUCCUGGUGCAGGUUCCUGUGUGGCUGGUGCUGCGGGGAUCCAGGCUGGUAUGGGCAGGUGUGCUGGGCUGUGCCUGGGCCUGGGGCCUGGCCCUGCUAGGUGCCUGGGAGCAGCUAGGCCUAUCUGUGGCCAUCUGGACGGACCUGCUCCUGUCGUGUCUGCACGGCCUGAUGCUGGUGGCCCUGCUGCUGCUGCUGCUGACCUGGAGGCUGUGCCAGAAGGUCCAGCGCUGGCUGCCCAGCAAGGCCUUGCAGGAGAACCAGGCGGUGCAGGAGCUCUUGAUGCUGCUGAGGCGUCUGUACUGGUGGGUGGAGAGCACAAUGGCGCUCACCUCCUGGCACCUGGCCUACCUUGUCACCUGGAUCACCUGCCUGGCCUCCCACCUGCUGCAGGCUGCCUUCGAGCACACGUCCCAGAUGGCCCAGGACCAAGAGGCUGAACUCCAGGAACCCUUAGGACCCUCACUGGAGCACCUACUCCCUGAGUUCUUGGCCCCUGUGGCUGGGCCAGUCCUGCCAGAGCAAGAAACCCCUGGAGAAUAA